AUGAGGUGGGCAGUGGGCUUGAAGCCCCACCGGCGAAGAAGGCGAAGCCAUCGCACCCGCAGGACGACGCCUCCGAGGAGGUUGGACCGUCUCAGCGCGCUCGAUGACGGCAUCGUCCGCGAGAUCCUCGCGCGCCUCCCGCUCCGCGACGACGCGGUCACCACCGCGCUGUCCAGCCGCUGGCCCCGCGUCUUCUCCACGCUCCCGCGGCUCCGCCUCGGCCCGACCACGUUCAACAGCCGCGCCUCCCUCGACAUCGGCUACUGCGACGACGACGACCGCUGGGUCGACGCCCUGGACCGCGUCCUCGACGGCCGCCUCUCGCCGGUCGCCGCGUUCGAGGUCGACGCCGACAUGGACCUCCUGGAGGGCUACGACGACUGGUUCUACUCCUUCUUCCGCACGCUCUGCCGGAGCGGCGGCCUGCAGGAGCUCGCGGUGCGGAACAAGCACGUCCACGAGUGCUACGUCGUGCCCUCCCCGGUGUACGCCUGCGCGACGCUCACCUCGCUCGAGCUCGACGCGUGCCACCUCCGCGUGCCGGGCAAGCUCACCGGCCUGCGCGCCGUGCGCUCGCUCGUGCUCCUCCGCGUCGUCGCCACGGACGUCGGCCUCCGGCGCGUCGUCUCGCGUUGCCGGGCCGUGGAGCGGCUCGUGCUCGACGACUGCCACCGGGUGCGGAACGUCGUGAUCCGCGGGUCAAGCCUCAAGCAGCUGGAGAUCCACUCGUACCGUCCGCUCUGCGUCGCGCUGAAGAAGGCGCCUCACCUGGAGUCGGCGAAGCUGAGCCUCGGCUACGGCGUCGCCGAAGUUUCUUGGAGCAUCUACAACAACUCCGAUAGCGAGAUCGAAAGCAAGCGCGGAAGUCUUCAGCUGUAUGAGUUCGAGGCGCAGGAGAGGCGGGAGCAGAGGAAGACGGACGAGGCUACGAACAUGGUGACAUUUCUCAGCGGAUUGAACUGUGCCAAAGAGCUGUAUUUGUACUUGCCAUAUGAGUACGCCAAGGUCAGUGCUUUGCAAUUGCAGGUUGUAGCUAUGCUUCACCAGAAGCUCGUCUCACCUUAUGAUUUUUGA